GCGCGGGCGAGGCGGGCCGGGCGGUGCCGCCAUUUUGUGAGUCUAUAACACGGAGCGGUCUCGCUCGUCCCGCUAUUGCGGCGCCUCCACUCCGCUCCCGACGGGUCGUCUCGGUGUGCAAUGGACGGCAUUGUCCAAGAUAUAACAGUUGGUACAAAGCGGGCAGCUGAGGAGCUUUUCUCUCCUUGCGUUACUACUAACGGACCCUUUAUCAUGAGCAGCAACUCUCCUUCUGCAGCUAAUGGAAACGACAGCAAAAAGUUCAAAGGUGAUAACAGAAGUGCUGGGAUCCCAUCCCGAGUAAUCCACGUCCGCAAGCUCCCCAGUGACGUCACGGAGGCAGAGGUCAUUUCUUUGGGCUUACCCUUUGGCAAGGUCACCAAUCUUCUGAUGUUGAAAGGAAAAAACCAGGCAUUCAUAGAGAUGAACACGGAGGAGACAGCCAACACCAUGGUGAACUACUACACCACAGUCACCCCGGUGCUCCGGAGCCAGCCCAUCUACAUCCAGUUCUCCAACCACAAGGAGCUGAAGACAGACAACUCUCCAAACCAAGCACGUGCCCAAGCAGCUCUGCAAGCCGUGACCCAGGUGCAGGCCGGGGCCGUGGCGCUGGCCGCCACGGCUGCAGCGGUCGAUGCGGGGAUGGCGAUGGCCGGCCAGAGCCCUGUCCUGAGGAUCAUUGUGGAGAAUCUCUUCUACCCUGUCACUCUAGAUGUUCUGCACCAGAUCUUUUCCAAAUUUGGUACAGUCUUGAAAAUCAUCACAUUCACAAAGAACCACCAGUUUCAGGCCCUGUUGCAAUAUGCUGACCCCAUGAGUUCUCAGCAUGCCAAACUGUCUCUGGAUGGACAGAACAUCUACAACGCCUGCUGCACGCUGCGCAUCGACUUCUCCAAGCUCACCAGUCUCAAUGUAAAGUACAAUAACGAGAAGAGCAGAGACUACACCCGCCCAGACCUGCCCUCUGGGGACAGCCAGCCCACUCUGGACCAGACCGUGGCUGCUGCUUUUGGUGAGCGUUCAGGAAGUGGGAACAGGACAAGGCCAACUGGUGCCCCAGGAAUAAUCUCUCCUCCAUAUGCUGGAGCUGGCUUUCCUCCUACUUUUGCCAUUCCUCAGGCUACAGGCCUGACAGUUCCAAGUGUUCCUGGAGCACUAGCUCCUUUGGCUAUUCCAGCAGCAGCUGCGGCGGCUGCAGCAGGACGGAUUGCCAUUCCCGGCCUGUCUGGGACAGGGCACUCCGUGCUGCUGGUUAGCAAUCUGAUCCCAGAGAGAGUUACACCCCAAUGCCUCUUUAUUCUUUUCGGAGUCUAUGGCGAUGUGCAGAGGGUGAAGAUUUUAUUUAAUAAGAAAGAUAAUGCCCUGGUUCAGAUGGCCGAUGGGAAUCAGGCCCAGCUUGCCAUGAGCCACUUGAAUGGGCAGAAGCUCCACGGGAAGCCGAUCCGCAUCACCCUGUCCAAGCACCAGACAGUGCAGCUGCCCCGGGAGAACCAGGAGGAUCACGGCCUCACCAAGGACUAUGGCACUUCUCCUCUACAUCGUUUCAAGAAACCAGGCUCCAAAAAUUUCCAAAACAUCUUUCCCCCUUCUGCCACUCUUCAUCUGUCCAAUAUUCCACCUUCAGUAACUGAAGAAGACCUUAAGUUGUUAUUUUCAAGCAAUGGUGGGAUGGUCAAAGGAUUCAAAUUCUUCCAGAAGGACCGUAAAAUGGCUCUGAUCCAGAUGGGCUCUGUGGAAGAAGCCAUUCAGUCCCUCAUUGACCUCCACAAUCAUGACCUGGGGGAGAACCAUCACCUGCGUGUGUCCUUCUCCAAGUCCACCAUUUAGAGCUUGGGAAGGCCCGAGUAAAAAUGGACUUGACUUAAAACCUCUGGGGUUCAGCCUUGAUCUUAAAAGGCUGGACACCAGGGUUUCAACUUCCAUCAUUCCAGAAAAAAAAAAAAAGCCACUUUAAAAAUGCAGCUGAAGUGACCUUAAAAGACCAGAGAUUUUAUUUUUUUAAAGAGAAAUCAGUUUACCGGUUUUUAAAAAAAAAAAAGAAAAUUAAUUCCUCUUGCUAACCUUGCGGUGAUGGGUAACAAUCUUGACUGUUCCAAUAAAAAUCACAAGUUCAAGUUUACACUGUGGAACCUGCUCUGGGAAAUUCCCCUCCCCUCCUGCUCCUCCUCCCCCAAAAAGCAGAUCCCAACCAGUUUUAUCAGGUUUCACAUUGAUGCCUUUUUUAAUUUCCUUACCCAUUCAUGCCUUGAAAGACCUAAAACCACUGUGUAAAUUCACUGUAGCGCCUUGGAGUCAGGAUUGUGGUGACCAGGAGCUCCCAACCUGCCCAGCACAACACUCGGUUGCAUUGAUCCCACCUUACCUGUGCACCUGCUGUCCUGUGCCUUAAACCUUCUAAUUCUUUGGGGAAAACAUCUGAGCUGCAGGGAGGGGAUGGGCAGAGCUGAGGAGGGGAGCGGCUCUGUCCGACGAUCAGUCGGGGGAGCUGGCAGAGUGGAUAAAGGAAAUUUUGGGCUGUGACUCGAGGCAGUCGUGUCUCAAUCUCUACGUGUGCCCCGUGCCGCUUCCCAGUCUGCUCGUGGGUCAUUGCCACCUGCAAACUCAGGUGGGAGUUACCUCAGAGCCCUCGUUGGGUCAUUGCCACCUGCAAAUUCAGGUGGGAGUUACCUGAGAGCCCUCGUUGGGUCAUUGCCACCUGCAAACUCAGGUGGGAGUUACCUGAGAGCCCUCGUUGGGUCAUUGCCACCUGCAAAUUCAGGUGGGAGUUACCUGAGAGCCCUCGUGGCUGGGUGGGGGAGCGUUCCCAAGGCCAAAUCACAUUCCAGUGUCAGGAGAGAGCCUGCAGGCCCUGCCCUCACAGAGCUGGUGAGGGAUAAAAGAGCCGCUGCGGGACACUUGUGAAAACAAAUCAGAGUUUGUCAAAAUUGUGUGUGUAUAUACCUAAAUGCUUGGCUAGGAUUUGGAGAAUCCUUGGAUACCCCACAAUUAGAAAGGUGCCUGCGAGAGGUACCUUUGUGCCCCUAAUUGGAGAUUAACGAGGCUGCUGUAGCUCCGCCAUCGUUCUUAGAGCAUGUCUUCAGCAUUUGAGCUUUUGUUUGAAUCCUUGUAUUAUACUUUGAUGCCGUUGCUGUCCUCUGUGCCUAGCAAUAUUUCCAGUUGACCAAAUAUUCUAAUCUCUUUAUAUGCAAAAGACAUAGUUUUAAGUACCUUUUAUAGAAUGAUAAGAUGGUAUAAACGUAAUCUAAAUUUACUCCUUUGUGGUAUUACCCGUGUAUACUGUACUUUAUUUUCUUUGUUUUGUAAUUGAAGCUGUAGGGCAGGAGUAGUUUCCAGGCUGAGGUCGUGGCUGAGGAUGAGCAGAGCCGAGGGUGAGAGAGAAUGAGCACAAACAGCUCAGGAAUGGAAGGAAAAGGACCCAGGCUAAAGAUUUCUUUUUACCUUUUGAACCUAUAAGCCCAGAUGUUCUAGGAAGGGAAUUUAUUAAAAAGUAGAAUGCAGCAGAUCAGUUUUUCCCAAUGAUACAACUGUUUUUGUUUUUUUUUCUGGCUUACAACUCUUUCCCGGGCCAUUCUGCCUUCUAUUCCGUGUGAUCCGAUGUUGCCUUACAUUUCCCUCUAACCUGCAACCUGUUCGGAUGCAAAAUAACAAGAAUCUUGUACUUUUUUUCAGGGUUUUUCUGCAAAUUGUGGACCAAAGUUUGUUUUUUAAUUGUCUUAGUGUUGCAAGUUCUGAUUUCCUUGCUUGGUGUGGGAGCUCUUGACUUGCCUAGCACUGAGUGUUUGGAAAAGUCUUAACUUUUUCUGUAGUUCCUCCCUGGACUCUCAAGGAUAUGAAUUAUGCUGGAGAAGCGUGUGAGGUCCGAGUGAGGCUCCAGCUGGGGCUGUGGUGUGCUGGGUACCCCUGAGGAGGGCAAGACCCCUGGUGACAGCAUCACCCCAGCUGCUUUUGGGUACCUCUAAAUCUGGGUGAGCUGUGCUGGAGCUUUUUGCCCCUGCAAAAAGCAUCCUGCAGGAGGGCACAGCUGAGGGGGUCUCAUCCCCUCCCUAGUGAAACACCCACUCCUCCCACAGGGGACCCAGCCCACCCAGCCCAUUGGCACUGGGGUAACUGGGCAGUGCCCCCCAUCACCCUCCCCAGCACUGGGGAGGCUCCCGGGGCCGGGCCCUGGCCGGGACACUCCGGGUGUCCCGUGAAAAUCACGGAUGGAUUUGGGGUAACCAGACCCCCCAGCACAGCGGGUGCUCCCUUCGGAUCCUGUGUUUGCAUGUAAAGAAUGUGAGUAACUAAGGGUGUACAUAUUUAUAAUUUUUUUAUACCUGUUGUAAGACAUGAGGGGCAGCAAAACCCAGUUUUUUAUGGUGACCAGAUGUAUUGUAUAUUUUGAUAACAGCAAUUCCAGGUUCAGUAUUGUGGAAGGUGGGUGGGGAGGGGAAGCGUACACACCAUCAGAAUUCCAUUGCCUCUUUCAAAGAAUGUUUGUAAUGCAAAAAGAAAUGAAAUUAAAACUAUUUUAUAACAACCUUUGUACCUUUCUGUAGCUCCAUUAUUUCCUGUUGAGAUUGUAGAAGCAGUUGGUGCCCAGUCUGUACUUGUGCUUUCAAUAAAUUCUUCUGUAUCCUUCA